AUGGCCAUCAAGCACAAUAACGCCGUUCCCAACAACCACUUCCACAAGGACUGGCAGCGAAGAGUCCGAGUGCACUUUGACCAGCCAGGCCGAAAACACCGAAGACGAGUCGCCAGACUUGAGAAGGCCGCAAAGGUCGCUCCUCGACCCGUCGAUCGACUGAGACCUGUUGUUCAGUGCCCCACAAUCAAGUACAACCGAAAAGCGAGAGCCGGACGAGGUUUCACACUGUUGGAAUUGAAGGAAGCCAAGAUUCCCCGCAAACUCGCUUCAACAAUCGGCAUCUCCGUCGACCCCCGCCGCACCAACCACUCCGAAGAAUCCCUCAAAGCCAACGUCGCCCGCCUCAAAGCCUACCAAGCCCGCCUCAUCCUCUUCCCCCGCGAAUCCGGUCAGCACAAGAAACUGGACGCCUCCGAAGAGCAGACCAAGGGCGUCAGCGACGGUUCCUCAAAGACCAUCUCCAAGAUUGCUGGUGCUUUCGCCGUGGACAGUGGUCUGGGUCAGGCACAUGGUAUCUCCGAGGUGAAGAGCAGUGAUUUGCCAGAGGGUGAUGAGGGCGCGUACAAGAAGUUGAGGGAGUUGAGGAGUGAGCAGCGAUAUGCUGGUAUUCGGGAGAAGAGAGCUAAGCUGAAGGCUGAUGCUGAGGAGUCUAAGAAGAAAUAA